AUGGCGAAGCCAUCACCUACGGCACGUGCUUGCGCUGCAAUAGCAUCUCGUGGAGUCGCCGUCGCACUUUAUAAUAAAUAUGAUUGUCGAAGUGAUCAUCCUUCACUUCCAGAUUCAAAGCAGGCAAGACUGAACUUCUCAGAAAAUUGCAAUGGAAAAGUCAAGGGAAAACAGAGGAUAAAAAGGAGACAAACUGAAAAGGAGAACCCCAGGAAAUUGCUUUGGAAAGCUUCGUGGCCAAAUGGCAUGUCGGAAUCCAGUGGAACCACGAAAUCUGACAGAUCAACGUCCUCUGGUUCAGAUAGGAUAGGCGGUGGCUCCAUCACACCUUGCCAGAGGUAUCAAUCACUGAUUAUUGCAACUGGUUGCCUAGCGAUCAGGUUGGCAGAAUCAAGUGUGCAAGGAGCUGAUGCAAAAAAUAUCUUCUACUUGAGAGAAAUUGAUGAUGCUGAUAAGUUGGUGGAAGCAAUUCAGGAAAAGAAAAAUGGGAAGGCUGUGAUAAUUACAAGUAGUUAUUGUGGUCUUAAGUGGUUCAAUUCUGUAAUUGCUGCUUCCUAUCAUUCUUAUUAUAAAUCAAAAGGAAUCAAAAUUUUUGAAAGCGCUCAUGCAGUUAGGUUUAUUGUUGACUCUAGUGGAGAGGUCAAGGAAGUGAAACUAAAUGAUGGCACCAUGCUGGAAGCUAACAUUGUGAUUGUUGAUGUUGGAAUUAAAGUUAAUACAUCAUUACUUAAAGGUCAGUUUGAAGAGGAGUUGGGAAGGAUAAAGACUGAUGCACUUUUCAGGACAAGUGUUCCUGAUGUUUAUGCUGCGGGAGAUGUGAAUACUUUCUGUUCAAACUUGUACAAUAGGUGUUCUGUCCAUGGUAAACUAGUUGAGCAUGCCCGCAAAUCAACUAAGCAUGCUGUGACGGCCAUCAAGGCAAUUGAGGAAAACAAAACAAUUGAUGAAUAUGACUACCUUCCUUACUUUUAUUCUCGUUCCUUUGAUCUUUCAUGGCAUUCCUAUGGUUUGUUUAGUGACAAGUUGGUGAUGUUUGGAGAAAUGGAUCAUGUAUCACCCAGCAUAAUUUUGGAGCAUACUGGAUCAAAGAUGGGCACAUUAUUGGAACUUUCCUUGAGAAUGGGACUCAUGAAGAAAACAAGGCCAUGGCCAAAGUUGCCAGGUUCUGUGGAUUAA